AUGGCUGAAGUAAAGGCAGACGAAGCAGUCAACUCAUCAUUAGAAGAGGAUAAUGAGCCAGAAGAGUCAGUUUAUUCAGAGCCAAACGCUGCUGUAAUCGUAUCAUUUUUGGAGAAUUUCGGACGGGAUAUAUUUCCAGACAAUGUUCCAAUCAUGUCUGACUUAAUGGAAUGGCUAGCAAUGGAUGAAAUCGCUCCAGAAUUGAAAGAUAUUCACGUAAAAUUAUUAAGGAAGUUAAAGCGAAGUGUAAUUCCUGAAAAGUGGGAAAAGGCUAUAAUUAAGUUUUGUUAUUUCUAUGGAAAUAUGGAUGAUGCCUUUCAAAUCGAGAGAUAUGGAUAUUUACAUUCAGACUUUAAAGUUAAAUUAAGGAUCUUAAAAAACUUGCUGGAAAUGCAAUUUGACGUGAAUGUCAAGUUUAAGAACAUCGUUAACUCAUUGCCAAGCCAAAAACUUCGACUGGAACCGUUUGGACGAGAUAAAGAGGGAAAUGUGUAUUAUUGUCAUGUAGAUGAGAAAGCUAAUGUUAAGGUUUAUCAAGAGAAUACAGACGAAGAGACUUGGAGUGUCGUAGCUAACAAUCGAGAUGAACUAGCACAGCUAAUUGAAGAGCUAAAAGGACACAAACCAAUUCGUCCAUUCCCAAAAGAUCUAAUUGACGAAGAUUCAUCCAGCAACAGUCGAUUAUCAGCAAAAGAGGAGGUAAAGACUGAAGUUACUGAAUUAAAGCCAGCAGAACAAGAAUAUAGUAUUGACAACAGCAUUGCGAACGAUGAAUUUCCAUUAAAACAAACAAUUAGGCUUAUCAAGAAGACAGAAACGCCUAUAAAAGAGGAAAGCAACUCAGAGAACAAUAAAACGGAACCGGAUGAAGAAGAAAAGAGUGAAAAGAGCGAUAAGAGCACUGAAAAAGUGGCUACUCAAAAGAAACGCAGACGAAAAUGA